GGAGUAUGUGUGAGAUAACGAUUGACGAUAAUCAUUUUGGAAAAAGUAAAACGUAAAAAAACGUAGAGUUGGUUUUGAAAAUUGAAAUACAAAUUGUUUAAAUUCGUUGUGUGCGAAUGCGAAAUUUUGAUAUUUCAUUGUAUCUUACCUAGCAUCGCGAUUAUUGCGACGAAUAUUAAUUGUAUUUUAUGAUUUCGCGUGUGACGCUCCGAAAUGACCAUUUAGUCGCGAUGUCGAGUAAUUUUUGAAACAUUUAUCCGUAUUUCUUGUACGUACGCGUAUUAGUUAAUUGCGAAAUUGAAACCAAAAAUGCCGAGUUUCUAUGCACCGUCCGCCGAUAUCGAACUCGAUGCCAAAGCACAAUGGAAUCAUCGUUUAGAUAGCUUAAAUUUAUUAGUCUACACUUUGCUAUUAACGCUUACGGUGCUUACAAUAUGGAUGUUCAAGCAUAGAAGAUUGAGAUUUCUGCAUGAGAGCGGACUCAGUGUUAUUUAUGGUCUUAUAGUUGGCGCAAUAAUAAGAUAUACGGUAGUCAACACUCCCAUUACCCAUUUGCAAGUGCAUUCUGCAGAUAAUUCGUCGCGUAACCUCACUCUGCCACCUGAUGAUCUGUGGCUCGGAUUUUCCUAUAAAGGAGAAAAUAAAACCUACAGUUAUAAAUUCCACGGCGAGGUGACCGUAGACAAAAAUGAUGUUAUCGAUUUGAAGGCUACAUUCGAUCCUGAAAUUUUUUUCAACAUCAUUUUGCCGCCAAUUAUAUUUCACGCCGGAUAUUCGUUGAAAAAGAAAUACUUUUUCAAAAAUUUCGGAGCUAUACUGACCUACGCGCUAUUGGGUACGGCGAUAUCUUCGUUCGUUGUUGGGUUCAGCUUAUACUUUUGUGUGCAGUUGAUGCCUCACUUGAAAGGCAAGAUUCAAUUUUUGGACAGUUUAUUUUUUGGCGCGUUGAUCUCGCCCACCGACCCCCUGACGAUUCUAGCCAUUUUUAACGAUCUUCGCGUCGACGUCAAUCUAUAUUCCUUGGUGUUUGGUGAAAGCGUAUUAAACGAUGCCGUUGCUUUGGUACUUUCUGGAUCGAUUCAGAAUUACAGUCGACGAACUCCGCGUUUCGAUUACGGAACUUUGUUGUUAGCAUUUCAAGACUUCGUCAGCAUAUUCUUCUUAUCUUUGGCGACCGGAGCGGCAUUAGGAUGUAUUACAGCAUUGAUGACGAAAUUCACCCGCUUGAAAGAUUUCCCUUUGUUGGAAUCGGCGUUAUUCGUAUUGAUGUCGUACAGCUCAUUUUUAAUCGCCGAAGUUGCUGAUUUAACCGGUGUCGUGGCAGUGUUAUUCUGCGGUAUUUGCCAAGCUCAUUAUACAUACAACAACCUAAGCUCCGAUUCACGUCGCAGAACCAAACGAUUCUUCGAAUUAUUAAACUUCUUGGCGGAAAGUUUCAUUUUUUCGUACAUCGGAGUUUCCAUGUUCACGUUUCCCAAACAUCAGUUUGACAUCGGCUUCAUAUUGUGCGGUUUUCUUUGCGCAGCUUUAGGUCGGGCCGCUAAUAUUUAUCCGUUAUCGUUCAUCUUGAACUUGGGAAGAAAACCGAAAAUUCCGUCCAAUUUCCAACAUAUGUUAUUUUUUUCUGGUAUUCGAGGUGCGAUGUCGUUCGCAUUGGCAAUUCGAAAUACAGUUUCAGACGCCAGACAGAAAAUGCUUACCACCACCUCGUUGAUUGUCAUCGCAACCGUAAUCAUUCAAGGAGGCGCAGCGUUACCACUUUUAAACUGGUUUAAAAUACCAACCGGAGUCGAUGAAGAAAUCGAAGCUUUACCCGAACCUAAAAAUCGUCGAGAAGAAUCGCCCAUUCAUUCGCAAAACAACAGCGAAAAAUCGUUUUUGGCGAGAAUUUGGGGUAAUUUUGACGUGCAUUACAUGAAACCAUUGCUAACCCAGUCGAAUCCGACGUUGAUUGAUACGUUACCUACGUGUCUGGGCCCUGUAGCCCGACUUCUCACGACAACCGAGCAGCUUACGCAGAGCUAUGGCGAGAGAUCUCGUUCUAAUUCAGAAUAUGGAACUACAGUCGAGCCAUCAGUCAGUCGACAUUCGUUACAGUCUGAUAACGCGGAAGAAAGAGAAGGUCUACGAUCGAGUGUAGAAUCGAGUAAUUUUAUAUGAGAUACGAUUUGAAUAAGUGCAAUACAGAACCCGCAGUUCUUCUAAUUGUACUUACGUAGUUUACGAAUGCUAGUCAUUGAUGAUGAAGUUGCUCCUUGUGAUUUUAGCGAUUGUGAUAAACGUACUUUAUUGUUAUUAGGUACUCAUUUUUAAUUUAUAAGUUUUGAAAACUUAUACCUAUUUAUCGCUGCUAAGUUAGGUAUGUAUUUACUUCUCUCUCCUCUCCCCCCCCCCUCUCCACGACCUUCGUGUACUAUUACCCUCGAGUAUUUCCCUUCCAAGUGUUGUUCUUUUGUGCGGUUAUCGUUUUCUCCGAAUGAGCGGAUGCGGAAGAAAACAAAAGUACAUAUAUAUUUUAUGGUAUUCUAUUCCUAUCGCCUGCGUAGAUUUACCGUUAUCCUUGCUUGCGAUUCGUUGUAAAAUUUUCAUUGCGCAACUUGAUAGCGUUAUUUUUAAUUAUCAAUUUUCAUUUUUCAUUCAUUCGUCAAUCAUUCGUGUAUUUCUAUAUUCUACCUAUUCAUUCGCGCGAAAAAAGAUUAAUGUAAUAACGAAAACGCUCAAAGUAAGAAGGUACUGUAUUUAUGGAUUUUAAUUUGUAAUGCAAGUACGAAAAGUUAAUAUAUUAGAUAUAAUGCUGUU